AUGAAGAUCGACCUCUCCGUCUACCUGGUCACGGACUCAACCGACUCCAUCCUCAAGGGGCGGGAUCUGUGUGCUGUUGUGGAAGAAGCUGUCAAAGGAGGUGUAACGGUUGUCCAAUAUCGGGACAAAAAGAGCGACACAGGCGUGCAGAUUGAAACUGCCCGCAAGCUCCACCAGAUCACCAAGGCUCACGGAGUGCCCUUGAUCAUCAAUGACCGUGUAGAUGUCGCACUUGCUAUUGGCGCUGAGGGCGUCCAUCUCGGGCAAGAUGAUAUGCUAAUCUCCGAAGCGAAGAAGCUUCUGCCGAAAGAUGCAAUCAUCGGGAUCAGCGCCUCGUCUAUUGAAGAGGCGCAGGCGGCAGUUGCGGCUGGAGCGGACUAUCUCGGAAUCGGGACUCUGUUUGCUACACCCACGAAAACAAACACCAAGUCUAUCAUUGGGACUGCCGGCGCCCAGGUUAUUUUGGAAUCCAUCGCGGAGUCUGGAAAGUCGGUAGGAACCGUCUGUAUUGGAGGAAUCAACCUCUCCAAUGUCCAACGAGUGUUGUUCCAGGGAAGCUCUCCCCAUAAGAAGUUAGACGGUGCUGCCAUCGUCAGUGCCAUUAUGGCAGCAGAUGACCCCAAAGCAGCGGCCACAGAGCUAGCUCAAGCUAUCGCCACUCCACCUCCAUUUGUUCGAAAGUCAGAAGGACCUGUUGUGCGCGAGACUGCUGCAAUGGUUGAGUCUGUGCCACAUAUUGUUCAGAAACUCGUUGAAGUCCACCCACUAGUGCACAACAUGAUCAACUUUGUCGUUGCUAAUUUUGUCGCCAAUGUUACGUUAGCUAUUGGUGCAUCUCCUAUCAUGUCUCCCUAUGGUGAUGAGGCUACAGACCUCUGUCAGUUUGACGGGGCCUUGCUCAUUAAUAUGGGCACGCUCACCAGUCAAAGCCCUUCUGAAUACCUUAAGGCUAUCAAAGCAUACAACCAACGGGGAAACCCAGUGGUCUAUGACCCAGUGGGUGCUGGUGCGACUGAGAUCCGACGUGGGGUUGUUAAGCAACUCUUGGCUGGUGGGUACUUCGAUCUCAUUAAAGGCAAUGAGGGGGAAAUCCGCCAGGUUUCAGGAAGCACCGCUGUAAAGCAACGAGGUGUCGAUAGCGGGCCCAGUGCUCUUGACACUCAGGCCAAGGCGCGCUUAGCCCGUGACCUUGCUCGACGAGAAAAAAACAUUGUCCUCCUCACCGGCGCUACAGACUAUAUAAGUGACGGAGAGCGAGUCGUUGCCGUAGAAAACGGACAUGAGCUCCUUGGUCAAAUCACGGGCACUGGUUGUGCAGUAGGCACGGUGGCAGGAUGUUUCAUCGCCACUCACCCAACCGAUAAAUUGCUUGCGGUUCUCUCAGCUCUCCUCAUGUACGAGAUCGCCGCCGAAAACGCAGCUUCGAAGGACUAUGUCCGCGGGCCUGGAAGUUUUGCCCCCGCAUUUAUCGAUGAGCUGUACGCCAUCCGACAGGCAGCCCUGAAGGGAGACCAUAGCUGGUAUGCAGGACGAGCAAAAGGAUCGUUACAUUCAGCUAAACUGUCUUUUUUCAGCCCCUUCACGACCCUUCUUCGGGUCUCCAGAGUCUUCCCCCGGAUUGUCCCAUCCUCCACGAAUUCUCUGCGAACAAAACACAUUACCCCUCUGUUCAGCGUUGCCUCGCCUGGAAAAUACCCCGCUCGCUCUUUCGCAAAUAUGGCUAUCAAUUCCGCUCCCCAGAGCUCACUGCUCUCCCUCCUCUACCGAUCCUACCCCGCCGCCAUCUCCCCGGAUGAGACCGAGCCUGACCUCCUUGCCGCGAACCCGAAGCUCUUCCCCCGUGUGACUUACAAUGACACCGAACACGCGGACAUCAAGCAAUGGCUGGACACAACCUCUAGCCUCCAGGGUGCUUUGAAGAAAGAUGACAAGUCUGCUGUCUCGGACAUACUUGCUCAGGUCAACACCCAUCUCGCUACGCGGACAACCAUUUUAGGCUCCAAGCCUUCCGUCGCAGACAUUGCUGCGUACGCUCUCCUCGCCCCUGUGGUGGAGAAGUGGUCAUCCGAAGAACGCACUGGAGAGCAGGGUUACCACCACAUCGUUCGCCAUGUUGACUUCGUCCAGAAUAGCCGUGUGUUUGGCCUGCAGAUCCCCGAGGAGGAAAAGAUCAACAUUGACGUGAACGACGUGAAGUUCGUACCGAAGCCAAUUGAUCUCAAGGCCGAGAAGGAGCGCAAGAAGAAGGAGAAAGCUGCCACGCAGGGUGGGGGAGCUGAGCAGACUGUUGUAGUGGGACAGACUAAGCCUGAGCAGGCUGCUCCCGAUGCUGCUGGUGCCAAGGGCGAGGGUAAGAAGAAAGAGAAGAAGGAAAAGAAGGAGAAGGCACCGAAGCCUGCUCCUGCCCCCGCUGCCCCGCCUUCGCCAUCUCUCAUUGAUCUCCGAGUUGGUCACAUUCUUCGCGCCGUUAACCACCCUAAUGCCGACUCGCUUUACGUUUCGACCAUUGACUGCGGUGAUGCCCCUGGCGCUGACAACACAUCCUUGGACGAGGAAACCGGGAAGACUGUCCGUACCGUGUGCUCUGGUCUCAACGGACUCGUCCCUCUGGAAGAGAUGCAGGGCCGAAAGAUCGUCGCCGUCUGCAACCUGAAGCCUGUUACCAUGCGUGGAAUAAAGUCCUGCGCCAUGGUACUGGCCGCCUCUCCCCGCGUUGCUGAGGGUGAAGACUCCCACGCUGGACCUGUUGAACUUGUUACUCCCCCAGAUGCUCCCGCUGGUGAGAGGAUAUACUUUGAAGGAUGGAACGAUGGUGAGCCGGAGAAGGUGCUCAACCCUAAGAAGAAGGUGUGGGAAACCUUCCAACCCGGCUUCACCACAACCGACAGCCUUGAGAUCGCAUUUGAUAGCAGUGCCGUUCCUGUUGCACAAAGCCAGGAAGGUAAGCCUGCACUCGGAAAGCUGGUUGCCAAGUCGGGUGGUAUCUGCACAGUGAAGACUCUGAAGAAUGGUACUAUGGCCGAAAACGCUGAGACCAUUGAUCAGACCGCCCGCGAACAGGAACAGGAUGUGAAUCCGUGGUCCGUCGCAGGCGGCACUGACGCCAGCGGAAACGCUAUCUCAAUUGACUACGAGGCUCUUUCGCGAAAGUGGAACACCUCGCUCAUUGACCAGGCGCUCCUCGACCGUUUCGAGAAGGUCACCGGACAUAAGCCGCACCGCUGGCUUCGGCGCGGACUGUUUUUCAGUCACCGUGACUUCGAGAAGAUCCUGACGAAGAAAGAGAAGGGAGAGCCAUUCUUCCUCUAUACUGGUCGUGGCCCCAGUUCAGGCAGCUUGCAUUUGGGACACACAAUCCCGCUCACCUUCACGAAAUGGCUGCAGGAUGUCUUUGACGUGCCGCUCGUGUUCAUGCUUACGGAUGACGAAAAGGCGCUGUUCAAGGAUAGUUUGACGUUCGAAGAGACCUUGCAUUUUGCUAAAGAGAAUGCCAAGGAAAUCAUUGCGUUAGGGUUUGACGUCAAGAAAACCUUCAUCUACAGCGAUUUGAUGUAUGUGAGCAAUCACAUCUUGAUGAACACCUGGGAGUUCUCGAAGUUGGUCACCUUUAACCAGGUCCGUGGAGCCUUUGGUUUCAACGAGAGUACGAACAUUGGCCGUAUCUUCUUCCCGUCUGUGCAGUGUGUUGCUGCUUUCGCUACCUCCUACCCUGAGAUCUGGACCGACGAGCCGCUGAAGGAGCGAACAAAGGAGAUUGCUGCGAUCCAGUGUUUAAUCCCUAUGGGUAUCGACCAGGACCCUUAUUUCCGUCUGCUCCGUGAUAAUGCACACAAGAUGCGCUACCCGUCGCCUAAGCCUGCCCUCAUCCACUCCAAAUUUUUGACUGCUCUGCAAGGUGCUGGUGGAAAGAUGUCCUCGUCUGACCCCAACUCUGCCAUUUUCAUGACCGACACACCUAAGCAAAUCAAGACCAAAAUCAACAAGUACGCCUUUAGUGGCGGCCAAGUCAGCAUCGAAGACCACCGCCGGCUGGGCGGCAACCCCGACGUCGACGUUUCCUAUAUCUACCUGACCUACUUCGAGGACGACGACUCCAAGCUCGAAGAGAUCUACAACAGCUACAAGAGCGGUGAACUCCUGACGGGUGAACUGAAGGCUCUGGCGAUCAAGAAACUGCAGGAAUACGUGGCAGAGUUCCAAGAGAGGAGGAAGGAGGUCACGGACGAGGUGCUCGAUCAGUACAUGACUCCACGGCGGCUGGAGUGGAACGGUACUGCGCAGCCGAAACUCAAGACCAAGUAG